GCCAGCCAGAGUAGAUAACAACAGAGGCAAACUUUCAGUCUUCUUUAACCUGAAACUUGAAUAUUGAUUGAAAAGGGUUUUUAGAUGUAGGAAAUAGUAACCGGAAGCACAUUAGGGGUCAAUAAAUCAACGACUUUAUAAGCAGUGGAAGUUUUUGCAUUUGGAAAGCUCUCCCAAGCUACACUCUUCAGUGCCAAAAUUGGUCUGUAAGAGCAUUUGAUUUUACAAAACCCAGCCCUACUCCACCUGAAAAGUACAACAAGCACAGAAGUAUAACAACUCACCACUACUUCUAAUUGAUCUGGUAUUUCUACAAGGUGCCACCCUCUUCCACACCUCCUACCUCCUCUGUAAGUGACUCAGCCUCUGAAGGAGAAGACUCUUGACUUUUCAGACAGCUGGAUGGGGAACAACACUUCAGCUCUCUGUCUGCUUUGAUUGUACCUCACUUCCAGAUAUCUCCAGGUUGACUUACCAUACAGAGCCACGCUAGGACACUGACUUCUACUGUACCUAGAUUCCCCAGAAGGACACCCCACUGAACGGAAUGUCAGCUUUCGGCAUACGAAAACAGUCUCCUAAUCAAAGCGAUAAAAAGAGCCCCUCUGUUGCAAUUAAAAGCAGACAACAGACUACUCAUGAUAGUAAUAAACGACGGACCCUUUUGCAAGACAACAGCUGGAUAAAGAAGAGGCCUGAAGAGGAAAGUGCUGAUGAAAACUAUGGAAGAGCUGUGCUUAAUCAAUACAAAUCCCAAGAUAACCUACACAGCACUAGCACAAAUGAAAAGGAAGAUCAGAAAGCUGUACUUGGACGAUACAGGUCUGAUACUAACUUGGACAGAAUUCCGGACAGAAAUGAUACUGAUAAAAUAAAUAAGUCUCCAACUCUGAAUAAUAAGCAAAGCAACAGACAAUCUUGGACUCCUGAUGCAUCAUCCACAAACACUGCUGCAACAUCUCCAACCAAGAAAAAAAGGCAGUCUUGGAUGCCUCCCUCAGUUUCAAGUACAAAGACUACGACAGAAACAGUGGAAACCAAACGGACCACUUCGGAAAAUUCGGAGGCUCCAAUGACGGCUGCCCUUGCCUCAGAACAGGUGUCCCCAGAGAAAUCAAAGACUGAUGUGGAUGAUCAACUUACAGCGAGGAGCCAAGAAUUUGAUAACCUCAUCAAAGUGAAACCAAGUUCUUUGCCAAUUGACAAGGAAGGAAAAGAGCUUGAGGAUUUUACUGAGAAAAAUACUGCUUGUCAGAAAAAUAAGAGAGAUGAGGACAUUGGUGAUCACUCCAAAGUCAAUUCUGUUGAUGAUCAAAGUAAAAAGCGGGUAACUGAGAAGGCAUAUGAAAAUCCUCCAAGGGUUCCAAAUAAGCUCCCAGAAACAAACUACUUCAGCAACAGUGAAAGAAAGACCAGCAAAUCAUCAUAUGGUGCCUAUGAAGAAAAUAUAACAGGAAAUACUAUCAAAACUGUUUACUCUACUUCUGAUCGGAGUAUAAUUGGAAAAGAUAUAUGUACAUACUGCAGGAAGCCCUUGGGCAUAGAUGCCAAAAUGAUCUUAGAUGCCUUGCAAAUUUGCUGUCAUUCGACUUGCUUCAAGUGUGAAGUAUGCAAAAGACCACUGGAAGAUCUGAAAGCAGGAGACAGCAUUUGGAUUUACAGACAAACUGUGCAUUGUGAGCCUUGCUAUUCCAAAGUUAGAGAAAAAUGGAUCUACUAAUUUUGACAUACAGAAAGCAUGAUAAAGAAGUUCCACUAGUUUUUAGUUAAGUGUAUUGGCCUGUUAAUUCAAACCACUAUGGAAAAUAAUUUUUUAUUACUAGGAACAAACACUGUAAAUGCAGUGCCCAAAUGACAAUGUAGAUGCCUUUUCAUACAGACAUUCCAGGAAGCAAACCAAGCGUAUUCAUGAGAUCUGUGAAACUGCUAAACUGUAUGUAAAGCUAACGAUAAUUUAUUGAAAUUUUCUGAACAGCAGGACAUACCUACACAUAAGUUUUGAUAGGGCUGUAUUCUCAUUACUGAAAACGCAUCUCCUCAUAUAUAAAGAUCUGUUAUCUUUAUAUAGCAUGAAUGGGAUUAAUCUCAUCAAGAUUAGUCAUUUUGAAGUCAGCUAUUCAGUUUAAACUACAUCCAGAGUGAGGUGGGUUCACUUUGUACUUCUGAGAAGAAACAUCAAUCUCCUGAGAAGGAUUCUCCACAAGUAACUCAAAACAAACCAUCAAAUGAACAAACCAUCUUUGGAAAAAGCAUCUCUAUUACUGCAGAAGAAUUCUAGACAGAAAUUGUUAGAGGUUUUUAAUUAGAAGUAUCUCACUCCAUGUUUGUAAUUCUGGUAACUAUCGUAUUAUCAUUUUUCAGAAGUGUACUCUUAAUUGUUGCCAUGAAAUUAUGAAAUACGUACUUUGCAUGACAUUAUGUUGCUGUAUUUAUCUUUCUUACUUUAUUAAGUUGACUAUAUAAACACUUCAGAUGGAUUAAUCUCACUUAAAUUUAAACAUCUACAGUGUAGACAUCUACUUUUCAGUUACUUAAUCUAAUCUGUCUUUAUAGUCAUAUAGAGAAGUAAACAUUUUCAGGCACUGAUUCAAUUGAUCAGAUUGCAAACAUGUAUUUUACCGUGCUUUGAAUGUACACUGUAUUUUCCAAGAUUUGUAAAGAAACUUGGAUUGAAUAGUUCAGAUUUCUAGACAUCUACAUUAGGCCAGAUAAAAUCCUUCCUUUGACAUUACAGUGAAAGCUUUUGUUUUGUUUUGUUUUGGUUUUGUUUUGAACAGUGUGUGUUAAAGUAUAGAAAAUGAAAGAAGAAUUCAUGCUUUGUUGUGUUUCCUCAACAGUUACCUGCCUUGUUUGCCUAAAAUAACAUAUAGUUCAGUAGUUUGCUGGACAAAGGUGUUGACUACAGGUCUCUGCUAUGACGUGUUUUACAUUAUGGUUAUUCAGAAUGGAUUUUUGUCCCUUCACCUCUCAGCCAAAAAAGACUUAUUGGGUAUGAUCACGGCAGGGCUGGAGUGUUCAGAGACUGCUGGACCUGAGCAAGACCUUAGAAGGGUGAAAAGUGCCCAAGUCGUAGAUUAAUAUUAGACUGCUGAAUGGCUGUCCUAGACAAACUUUCUCUCUUUGUCUUUACAUUCAGUAGUGGAGACAGGACACAUGCAUGUCUGUGUAAUUUAAACCGUUGGGCCUGCAGCUGAGUAAUGAUGUAAUCUGUCUUGCCUGGCUUAAAGGAUGUUCAGACUGAUAUGCAAAGGAGCUGUGAAACAGUAGAUUGUUUUGUUAUUUUUAUGACAAUUUCUUAUGACUUAGUGGCAGUAGCUUUAAUAAACCUGUUAUUAUAAAUAUUUUCCGAUGUGUGUCUAUUGCUAUUGACAUAUUCUAGUUAAACUAUAUUUGUUAUUGACCUGUGCUUCAUGAGGAAACUUGCACAGACGUGCACAACAGGUGGAGAAAAUUAGGGGUGAAGUUUUGACUUUGGGGUUACAAAUUUGGUGUUGUUCAGAGUCUGACAGUUAUUGCUAAGGCUCAGUUACAAUGAAAGAUGUUAGAUAUUCAUUUGAGCCAGCACAUUAGAAGCCAGGACUUCCCAGUGUUUGAGGAGAUGUGAGAUUUUAGUUCACUCCAUUAGAGACCAGAAGCAAACUCUGGAUCCAAAUAUCUUCUACUUAAAUGUUCACUGACAGAGAACCAGCAAUAAGAAACAAUAAAUAAUAAUUCCAUGCUCAUUAAUUCAUCCUUGCUGAACAGCCCUGGUAAUUUUGCCAUGUGUUUUUUUGUUAUUUUUUAUUAUAUGUUGUAAGUUUGCUGAAAAGAAACACCCGUUUUUGUGAUGCUUGAUAUUUACCAUAUAAAAGCCUGGAUGGCAGUACUUAUUAAAAUAAAAAUCAUAUUAACAUCUCAA